GAGCUAGCAGUUAACAGUGUUAUAGUCUUAAACGUCUUUGAAGAGCGAACGACAUUUUAAAAUGGUGAAAAGGGUAAAUCUAGUGACCAUUUUGUUUUUAAUGUUGGUGGGUGUAGUGCCAGGAAAAGCAAGUGUAUUUCGAAAAAGCAAUUUUUUAAAUAUAACGGCAUAUCCUGGAGAAUUAUGUUUGCGCACCUGUAUUCCGAAUGAUAAGAAAAUAUGUUUCUUUGAAUUCGCAUUGGAAUACUAUCAAGCAAUGGGGGUUGCUUGUGGAAAAUGUGCGCAGGGUGAUGUAAAAGAUUGCGAGAACCCUCAAUGCAUUGUCGGUGAUGGGACAGAAAAGGGUGUGAUGAGCAUUAAUCGGCAGCUUCCUGGGCCAGCGAUCCAGGUUUGCAAAGGAGAUACGAUCAUAAUCGAUGUUGUCAACAAAGCACAUGGAUCUGCUAGUGCUAUUCAUUGGCAUGGUUUGCACAUGAAAGAUACUCCUUACAUGGACGGAGUUCCGUACGUUACACAAUGCCCUACUUUGUAUGGUUGCACCUUCCGAUACUGGUUCGAUGCUACAGAAGCGGGCACACAUUUCUACCACUCACAUUCAGGACAUCAUAAAAUAAAUGGCCAAUAUGGUGCGUUAAUUGUUCGCGAGCCUGAAGCAGAAGUUGCAAAUAUAAAUGAGUACGACUAUGAUCUACCAGAACAUUAUAUUGUUAUUUCGGAUUGGAUGCAUGCUAAUGGGGAACAGCUCUUCCCGGGUCUACCGUCUUCACCAACAGGUCCUGAUUCCUUAUUGAUAAAUGGGCGCGGUUCUUAUAUUGAUCCCAACACUUUCAAACACAAAAAUGUACCACCAAGAAUAUUUUAUGUUAAACCUGGAAAGAAGUAUAGAUUUAGAGUAGUGAAUUCAAUAAGCCAUACUGUUCCAGCUAAAUUACAGAUACAAGCUCACAGUUUAAAGGUGAUAGCUUCAGAUUCUUUUGAUGUUGAAUCAAAUGCAUAUGAUACAUUGGUCUCGAAUGCUGGGGAAAGGUAUGACUUUGUCCUAACUGCCAAUCACACAGAAGGAGACUUUUGGAUUAGAGUAAGAGCGCUGGGCCAAGAAAAACCAAUGGAAGCCUUGGCCUUGCUCAGGUAUGAAACUGGAGAUUUAGUUUUGGAUGCUGAAAGAAACCAACCAUUAUUUCCGGACUACACUGAAACUUUUCCAAACGGAAAAUUACUUAAUGAGCCUUCGGCGACCUGUGUUCUUGGAACAGAUAAUUCCUGCGUGACAGAGCUGUCAGCUCUUGACGAUGAUGAAGAACUUCGCACAAAAGAACCUGAUCAGCAAGUUUUUGUUGCAUUCAGCAAUAUAAAGGUUCCAAGUUCGGACAUUUUUAUACCGGGAAGCUAUCCUCAUUUUCAAAAUCCAUUUUCCUCUCUGACUUUUGUGGGCGCUAUAAAUAACAUAAGUAUUGUCUUUCCUCCAUCGCCACCUCUUACCCAACCUUCGGAUGUGGACGAAUCUGAAUUUUGUGAUGACGCGCAUUUACCUUCUCACUGUGAUGGCAAACUAUACUGCCCCUGCAUUCAUCGAAUUAAAGUCCAAAAGAACAGUAUUGUAGAGCUUAUAGUUGUGGAUGAAGCAGCAAAUGCGGGAGACAUUCAUCAUCCAUUCCAUUUGCACGGCUAUAGAUUCAUGGUAGUUGGAAUGGGUCAGCAUCCAUCAGGUGUUCCCAUGACGUUAUCAGCAGCUAAGCAAAUCGAAAGGUCAGAGGGACUUGUCAGAAGCUAUAAAAACAGACCCCCAUUUAAGGAUACGAUUUCAAUACCAAAUCGUGGAUAUGCUGUUUUGCGUUUCCGAGCUAAUAAUCCAGGAUUCUGGCUAAUGCACUGUCAUUAUGAAUGGCAUUUUGCUACUGGCAUGGGAGUAAUAAUUCAAGUCGGUGAUACGAACCAGAUGGUCAGAGCGCCAGCGGACUUUCCCAAAUGCAAGAAUUAUCAGCCUCAAGUCAAAAUGUACAAUAGUAGUUAGAAAGUCGAAUGAAUGUGAAUUGUAAAUAAGUGUUAUUUAUUAUUUAUUUAAGUUUAAGAAUAAAGAAACAAAAACAAAAAUGUA